UCUUCCUUCCCCUUACUUUGCCAAGACUAUGCUCGCCUUCCUGAUGAGGAGACGACACUCUUAACUCGAGGCUGUAAGUUUGGACGGGAAGCGCCUCGUUCCGUGAUCAGAUCAUUGUGUUUUGAGUGCCGGAGAGAUAUAUCUUCGUUGAGGGUCCUCUCUUUCGACUCCAGAUCUUCAAUUCGGGCACGGACUUUUACCCCACUUCAACAGACAAAAUGGCACCACAAACCAGCGCUGUCAAUAGCGACAACCUUUUCAUACCACUCGUAGACUUUUCCCUCUUCCUCAACGGCUCUCCGGCUGAGCGCCAAGCAGCAGCUCAAUCCAUCCUUGACGGCUUCCAAACCGCAGGCUUCAUCUACCUAACCUCGAUCCCCAUCUCCUCCUCCACCGUCCAAAAAACCUUCGCCACAUCUGCGAAAUUCUUCUCUCGACCACAAGAUCAAAAAGAGGCUCUAGGAUGGACGACCCCCGAAGCAAACCGCGGCUACGUCUCCCACGGCCGAGAAAAGGUCUCCAUACUCAAGAACAAAGAAGACGUUGCCGCAGCAAAAGCCGCAGCUCCUGAUCUGAAAGAGAGUUUCGAGAUCGGAAGAGAGGGAGCUGAAGGUCUACCUAAUAAUUGGCCGAGUGGGGAUGUCGAGGCAGAUGAGUUUAAGGCUGUUAUGCUUGAUUUCCACAAUCAGUGCAAGGCGUUACAUGUCGAGGUCAUGCGUGCCAUUGCUGUUGGAAUGGCACUUUCGCAGUCUUAUUUCGAUCACUUUACGGAUGUUGGUGAUAAUACAUUGCGUCUGCUCCAUUAUCCUGAGGUCAAUAAGUCGGUGUUCAAGAGUAAUAAGUUACAAGUUCGAGCGGGGGAACAUACGGAUUAUGGAUCUAUUACGCUACUGUUCCAGGACAUGAGAGGCGGUCUCCAAGUCAAGAGUCCUAACGGGAACUUUAUUGACGCUACGCCGAUUGAGAAUACGGUUGUCGUGAAUGCGGGUGAUUUACUGGCGAGGUGGAGCAAUGAUACGAUUAAGAGCACGUUGCACAGGGUUGUUGAGCCUCCGGCUCCAGAAGAAGGGGAUGUGCAUCCAGCCAGGUAUAGUAUUGCAUACUUUUGCAAUCCGAAUUUUGACAGCCAGAUUGAGGCGAUUGAAGGAACGUAUGGUGGGGAGAAAGGGGAGAGGAAGUAUGAGGGGAUCAAUUCUGGGGAUUAUUUGGUACAGAGACUGGCUGCUACUUAUUGAGCGUAGGGAGAAAAUGUUUCAGAUGACAAAUGACAUUCUCUGCGUUGUUCUCCAGAGAGUUCUUAUGUUGUACUUCAAAGUUCAGAGUCUUACAGUACUCCGUCUGUGAUAAAAUGCAUUGCUUUGGGAUUGCAAUUACCAAUCUCUCGUGGAGUAUACUUGGUCCCUCAAAGACACCUACCGGGCUGACAUUUCUUUUCCUUCCCAAAUUCUCCUCGAAUUGAGGAUUGCUAUUAUAGUUCGAUGGUUCCAGCAUCUCAUCGAAGGCUGAAACACGAUGGCUCACGUACAAGCAUGGCUUGCAAAUUUAAGCUCCAUGUGUCAUAUCCAGAAGGUGUGCCACAGAUCCUCAUCUUGACAACCUCUGCGCCAUAUGCCAGAUGGGUCGUAGCCCUUGCUAGAAAAUGAGAAAGAGGAUCAUAGAUAGAAUCAAGCUAUCAAUACG